AGAAGAAGAAAAAUGCAGCAAGUCUUGCCCAAUCAUUAUCAAACUGAAUUGAGAGGCAGAGUUUAGGAGCGGAGUUUUAGGCGGAUCUGGCAAGGGGCGGGGCAGUAGUUGAGGAGGCAGGGAAUCUAAUGAGGACCAAGAGUGUAUAGAAACACCUGUCCGAGUCACUGGCUUCUGAGUAUCUCUGCUUAACCUGCCAGGUGUUUCAUCAUCAGACAGAAGAACCUGGAUCUUCUAGUCAGCCUGGAAUGAAAACAGUCACUUGGGCUUCCUUCUUCUUCUUCUUUCCACUGAGAGCCUGAAACAACCCUGCAUCGUUUUUCAGCAUCACACCUACCGUCCACAAGAGAAACAAGUGAUGGAGCAAGCCCUACAUUAGUGUCGGUUAAACCAUGACCGACGUGUCUUCAAGGAAAAACAGUGAGAUCAAACGUGAAGAUUCCAUCAUGGGCUCUGGCCAGAAGGAUGACAAGAGCAGCUGUAGUCCUGAUCAUUUACCACCUGUUGGCCAACAUAUACAUAGAUUCUCCUCUAUCUCUUUGCCUCACAGCCCCAAGGAAGUUUGGAAAAAAGGCGGGCGUGUUUUCUCUAUCCUGCUAGCCAUCAACCUGAUACUACUAGCAUGCACUCUUGUCAGUGGUGGGGCAUUCAAAAACGUCAAACUGCAUGACUACGAUGCCUUUUUCAUGCUCACCAUUGUGAUGCUGAUUGCCAUCAUCUGGAUGCUGUUCUAUAUCUUCAGUACCUCCAAGCGGCAGGCUGCCAUCCCUUACAAAGACAAUCAUGCAGGCCCUAUCUGGCUAAGAGGUGGCUUGGUCUUGUUUGCAAUCCUCACAUUGGUGAUGGAUAUAUUCAAGACAGGAUACUUCAGUUACUACCAGUGCAUAUCAGUCAUCAAAAUCAUGUAUCCAAUUGUGCAGGCUGUGUUUGUAAUUGUCCAGACUUAUUUUCUGUGGGUCUCUGCCAAAGACUGUGUUCAUGUACAUUUGGAUCUUACCAGAUGUGGACUGAUGCUCAUUUUAACCACCAAUCUAGCAGUGUGGAUGUCAGCUGUAACAGAUGAAUCAGUGCAUAAGGCUGAAUCUAAAAAACCAGAUGGAAAUAUAUCACACAGGAUGGUUGAUCUAAAAGAAAGCUCCUCUGACAACUGUGGUUGCAAAAGUAACAUCUGCCAAAUCUUCAAGAAUGGUUACUUUUGGCUGUAUCCUUUCAAUAUUGAGUACAGCCUUUUUGCUUCUGCCAUGAUCUAUGUAAUGUGGAAGAACGUUGGCCGCAUCAUGGACCACCAUUCCAACCACAUCCAUCACCUCAAGUUUAAGCUUUUCAAGAGGACUUACUUUUUGGGUUUCAUAAUGGGACUCUUGAUCAUAGUGUCUGGCAUAGCAAUCCUGAUUGUGUAUGAAAUCCAGAUCAAUUCAAAAAACAAAGCUAAAGUGAAGAAUCAGGUGCUCACCAUGUACUACACUUUCAAUAUUGUCUGCCUGAGCCUGAUGUCGCUCAUCUCUGUGGGUGGCUCCAUUGUUUAUAGAUUUGACAAGAGAGACAUGGACCGUGAGAAGAAUCCAACUAGAACGCUUGACGUGGCCUUAUUAAUGGGUGCAGCCUUAGGGCAAUAUGCCAUUUCCUAUUACUCUAUUGUGGCCACUGUGGCCAGUUCCCCAAGGGACACGAUCAAUGCCCUCAACUUGACCUAUUCCUUGCUGAUGAUUGCCCAGCACACUUUCCAGAACAUUUUCAUAAUUGAAGGACUCCAUCGGCAGCCCUUAAAAAGGGAAAGCAAAGUGGACCAUCAGGAGAAGGACAUUUAUGGUCUCACUUUUGUCAACUUAAAUGCUGUAUCGCUUCGUGUCCCUGAAAAUGGAAACGCUUUAUCACCAACAUCUCCAGGGCUAGCCAUCCAGGCUCCUCAUGAAAUAACACGGUCCAUCAGUGUCUCCAAGAAAGUGAGCUGGCGGAGGAGAUUCUUAAAAGAAAGCUCAUUAUUCCUGCUCCUGUGUAAUGUAAUUCUCUGGAUUAUGCCUGCGUUUGGAGCCCGGCCGCAAUUUGAUAAUACCACAGAGCUUGAAUUCUAUGGCUACCCCAUGUGGGCUGCUAUUGUGGACAUCUGCUUGCCCUUCGGCAUCUUCUACCGCAUGCAUGCUGUUGCUAGCUUAACAGAGGUCUACGUCAUGUCCUAAUGGAGAAAUGAAGAACUUUUUAGAAGAGCCCACAUUUCUUAUACCACCCAGGACUUGAAAGCCUAAAGAGCUGCACUGAGGGGGUUGACUUCCUUUGGGCGCCAGGCCCAGUGAUUUGAUGGGCAUUAUCAAGAGAACUGACAAUAGCCGAAACAAAAUCCCCCCUUUUUUUUCUAUUUAAAUGACUCCUUUUCUUGAUAAUCAUCUUCAGUUAUUUUUUGUUUUCUACCAGAUAUGCAGACAUCAAGGACCCUAUGUAGGCUUAGAUUCACUCCUGGUCACUUUAAAGGACAUUUUGACUUCAGUAGAGCAGUCUGAGGAGUCACAGCUUGAAAGAAGAAUUUAGUGAAUGUUGAAGACUGUUAAAAGUAACUGUGCCUUUGUGUCAUUUGGAUGGCUUCAUAAGAUUCCUUCCUGACCCUUCAAUCCCUUUUCCAGUGAUUUAUGAAGGCCUCAGGAAUGCGAACCUGUUAAAGCUCAUACAUGAUAAGAAGAAUCCUGGAGCCGUUCUGGGUUUCGAUGGGACUUCCUUGCUGUCCUGAAUCAGGGCCUGAAGACUGUAUGAGUCCAUCUAAAGGGUUAUUCUGUCAGGAGCGUAAUAAGAAAUGUUAGUUUUUAACGAUAGUUUGAUUUUUUUAAUGAGCCUAUUUUUAUAAAAUGUACAUAUUUAUUGAUUCUCAUUGUGAUAAUUAAAAGGGAAAUGAAGCCCCAGAGAACCACCAUAAGGAAAACACUUCCCCGCAUGCCCAAGCUUAAUCGUCUAGCAGUGUUUAACCGGCAGCCUGCCAAAGGUGGUACUUCCUCUGCUGCUUCAGCUCAGAGUUUGUAGCAAGGGGGAUGUUGUUCUCCUUCAUAUCCCACUGGAGGAUCUCUUUUAGGACGAUGAUAUGAAGUAUCUACAACUCUGUAUAGAGCUAGAUUAGUUAGAUAGUGCUUCCUUCACAAAAUCAUAUACACAAACACACACACACCUUUUAGUAUAGUUCACACCUUAGGAUAAUGGUCAUAUAAAUAAUUCCAGGUCUUCUGCAUUGGCUUAAGAUCAUCAUUGUGUUACUAAGCCCGCAUAGCACUAAAAAGAGAAAUUGGCCAUCAAUGAGAACCUAUGGAGUUUAUUCCUUUAUAUUACCCUUAGUUAAUUUUGUUGUCCCUUUAAAUGCAUCAAAACAUAUUUUCUGUCACCUUCUAUCUUCAUGUUAAAAGUUUUGGGCAUGUUGCUGGAGCGAUGGGAACUUUGGCAAUCAGGCUGGAGAGGAUUGCUGGAGAGGAUUGCUCCUCUCUUUUUUGGCCACUGUUGAGGCAUCUCUCCUAGGCUUGUAUUUGGAUGUACCGGUAGAGCAAAUUCUGUGCAUCUUUGUAUUAAAUUUAAAACAUGUAGUUUAAUUCUAUAUGACCAUAAACCACAACUGAUAAGAGGAUAAAUUAAUAGAAUACAUGUUUUCAUUCCCAAAAAGUAAAUAAAUUUUGCUGGUCCUAAUUUUCAAGAUUAGAGUUCCCUAUUCCCAGCUUCAAUAACAGUUUAUGAAGAUGUUAUUUGAUUAAUGUGGUGAUUAAUUGAACAGGACUAGGAGAUUCUUCACAAUGUUAGACUUUCUGAAUUCAGUCUUUGACAUGCAUAGCAGGAUAGUUACACUAUCUUUGUCUUUAUGCAUAUGUAAAGCCAAUCUGGUGGAAAAUUUGAUACUGGAUUCUAUCUAGAAGUAUUCUGACCUGUUUUAAUGAUGGCCCAAAACUGAGCUUAUCUAAUUCUUUCCAGUGCACAAGGUAACAGCUGUGCUAAUGAUAGGAACUUUUGACAUAUUUCAAUCUGUGGAAGAAUUUGACUAGAGCUGUAGUUGAUCAUCACAAUAGUUAUUUAAUUGCACUGUUUAAGAGUCCCAUUUUUUUCUUAUGAAAUUGUAUUUAUAAUGGAAAGAAAUGUGAUUUUGGAAAAUGGCUUGAGAGAGAGUAAAGAUGACAGGCUCCACAGAAGUUAAAAUAUCUCAGAUGAUAGAAUAAAAGGAAAUUGUUCCACUUUGUCCUGCA